AUGGCAGCGCCCGCGCCCAUCCAGGACCGGACGACGGAGUUCCGCUCGAUCCUGAGCCAGGCGCAGAAGAGACUCGCCUCGUCCAAGGCCAGCGGACGGCAGAGCCUCCAGGCCAACUCGACGGCCAGGACGACCUCUGCAGACGUGCCGGCAGCGGGUGGUCGGCCGGCGCGCUCUGAGUUUGCGAGACGGGCGGCAGAGAUCGGGCGUGGGAUAGCGUCGACGACGGGGAAGCUCCAGCGGCUGGCCCAGUUGGCCAAGCGGAAAUCGCUGUUCGACGACAGACCGGUCGAGAUAUCCGAGUUGACAUAUGUGAUCAAGCAGGAUCUCUCCUCGCUGAACUCCCAGAUCGCCUCCCUACAGUCCCUUACGCUGGCCCAGCACCCGAAGUCGUCACGGAGCAAGACAGACCACGAGGGAGAACACAAUGACAAUGUCGUUGUGCUGCUGCAAGGGAGACUGGCGGACGUGGGAGCCAACUUCAAAGACGUGCUGGAAGUGCGGACGAAGAACAUCCAGGCCUCCCGGUCACGGACAGAGAACUUUGUCUCCACUAUUUCAUCGAGAUCGCACGCCCUCGACCCCCAGCGCUCCGACUCCCCGCUGUAUAACAGCGGUAGUAACAGCAACCUCAACAACGCCAAAGGCGGCGGCGGCGGCCUGUCUCGCAGCCGGAGCCCGCAGCCAGGCUACCGCCCGGGCUCGGCGGACGUGCUCACCCUGGACACGUCGUCGAACGGGACGGCCGCCUCGUCCGGGCUGGGCCCAAUGCACUCCGACCAGCAGCUGCUGAUGAUGGAGGAAGCCCAACCUUCCAACACCUACAUCCACGCGCGCGGCGAGGCCAUCGAGGCCAUCGAGCGCACCAUUAACGAGCUGGGCGGCAUCUUCGGCCAGCUGGCGACCAUGGUCAGCGAGCAGUCCGAGAUGAUCCAGCGCAUCGACGCCAACACCGAAGACGUCGUCGACAACGUCCAGGGCGCCCAGCGCGAGCUGAUGAAGUACUGGUCGCGUGUCUCGGGCAACCGCUGGCUGAUCGCCAAAAUGUUCGGCGUCCUCAUGAUGAUGCUGACUGCAACAGAUAUUCUUCCUUCUCUGGGUCCUUAUCUCUGGGUAACCGAGCUGGCGCUUGUUCCCUCAUGUAUAUUACCUUCUAGCCACCGUCUUAAUCAUGUCUUCUGCAUCUUCGUCCACUUUUCUUCCACCUCGUCGUCCCUUUUUAGUCCCUUUUUAGUCCCUUUUUUGCCCGUAAAGCGUCUCAUCUAUGUCUUAGUAAGCGAGCAUGUUUCAACCUCAUCCCUCAGUAUAACGGGGCUCUCCCUGGCACUCCCGCUGCUGACUCAGCCAGCCCUCUCCUCCCACCCCGAUAAAAAGUGCUCCUCCAUCCAACCUCUCGUAUCGAAACCAACACAAAAACAAAACACACAAAAAAAUAAACAUGAGAUCUCCCUUUUUCUUUCGCUGACUUCGUCGAUCAUCCCCAGCGCAUUCAUCCCAGCGAGAAGUGGCUGGACCAAGAAUGAUCAGCCUCUCUCCCCCAUCGACGCUCGCGGCUCCCCAAGCCCCCUUGGUGCUACCAAUGCACAACCCAGAGAUAUGACCCGAUCCCCUCCCCGGGCUGCUCCUCACCCUACCAACACCUACUACGAAGACGUAGAGACUCGCUUCACCAACACCUCGAAUCCUGAUCCCGCCUUUAUACCGUCUGCCCUAACCCCAGGCAGCAUUGCCCCGGAACCUGACCAGAGGACUUCUGUCGAUGCCGUGCAUGGCAUGCGCUCUCCUGUCAGCGACAUUAGCCACUUCACCUCCAUCUCCCAGCGCGGAAUCAACCCCAAGUGGCAGCCGCCGGAGUGGGACAACCCCCGAGAAAAGGUGCAGAAGCAGCGUGAGGCGCUUCUGGUCAAUAACCCUGACUUCCAGCUUUCCACUGAUUCUACACGCGCAGCUAAACAAACAGCUGGUCUGGGUUUCAAUAUUUUUUGCUUCUCUCUAUUCUCUUGUUAUCCAUAUGUCAUGCGUUCCAGGGCCACAAAGUAUCUUUUAUUGACAACAUCCCUUUCUUUCUCCUUUGAACCAUUGCUUUCACCUGUACAUUCUUCUUGCUGUGUAUGUAUGUUGACACCUUAUGGGUAUGCUCCUUUUCUCUUUUUCUAUUUCUCCUUCUAUUUCUUCUUCUCUUUCUUCCUCUCUUUCUUCUCUUUCUUCAUCUUUAUUUUUAACAGCCAUUGUCUUGAUGGCUUCUUUGAACAGGGCUGGGACUAG